UUUGAUAAAACAGAAAUAUAAAAAUGCAAUGUAUAUUCAUUGCUAUGCACAUAAACUUGAUUUAGUUCUUAAGCAGUCAGUGUCUCAUAUUAAGGAAUGUAAAAUAUUUUUUACAAAUCUAAACGGGUUUGCGGUUUUUUUCUCUAAUAGUACAAAAAGAAUAAAUGAGUUAGAUUUAAUUGUUAAAAAACGGUUUCCAACUAUUGCACCAACAAGGUGGAAUUAUAAUAGUAGAUUAAUUAAUAUUAUGGUUGAACAUAAAAAAGAAAUUAAUCAAUUAAUGCAGUCUAUUGUAGAAAACGCUGACAAAUGGGAUGGCGAAUCAAUUAUAUGUGCUAGAGGCUUUUGUUUGACAUUAGAAGAUUUUGAUUUUAAUUUUAAUUUAAUCAUUUUUGGAAAAAUACUUCCUUUAGCUAGGUACCUUUUUGAUGUAUUACAAAAAAAAGUGUUUGAUAUUUCAUAUUGUACUCAAAAAAUAAAUGAAUUUAAGAAACAAUUAAAUGAGUAUAGGCAGAAAUUUAAUUUAGUUUGGAAUGAAGUAAAUGACUUAGAAAAAAAUAAAAUAAUCCCAUCCAGAAAUAAAAGGUGUCGAAUGGUUCAAGUAUCAGAAGAUAGAAAAAUUAACUAUAAACGUUUAUUUUAUGAAAUAAUAGAUACUAUUUUAGUUAAAAUUGAUGAACGAUUUUCUGAAGUAUAUAACUUAAAAUUUAUGGGGUUACUUGAUUUUGAAAAAUUUUCCCAUUACAAAGAUAAUUUUCCUCAGGAUAAAUUUAGUUCACUUAAACAAACAUAUGGUCAGUAUUUUGAAUUUCCAAAGCUAAAGAGUGAAUUGUCAAUUAUAUAUUCAUCUGAUCAGUUUCAUCAAACACAUAUUUAUAAACUUUUAGAAUAUUUGAGGGAAACAGAUUUAACAACUGUUCUACCUCAAGUUACUAAAUUAUGUGCAUUAAUUUUAACCAUUCCUGCAACAAGUGCUUCUGCUGAAAGAUCUUUUUCCGCUUUAAAAAGGAUAAAAACUUAUUUAAGAAAUAAUCAAACUCAAAAUAGACUUUCAAAUUUAUCUUUACUUUCCAUAGAAAAAGAAGUUUUAAUGACUACAAAGUGUGAACCUAAUUUUCAUAAUGAUGUAAUUAAAGACUUUAUAAAACAAAAUAGAAGGAUAGAGUUGUCUUAUAAGUGAACUUGUAAACUAAUAGAAUUUGGAACUAAAAAUUAGAUUUAAGAAAAAAAACAGGACUGUUAUUAUUAUUAUUUUUAUUAUUUAUUAACACUAUUAUCCCUACAUUAGAAUGUAUAACUUAAAAAAAUUGUUUCGUUUGUUAUUAAAAUAUAU